CAUAGACAUGUCGUUUGGAGAUUUCUUAGCAUUUGCUUUGCCCGGUUGCGUUGAUCUUCACCUUGUGAAUGAUGGCUAACCAGUACAUAGGAUGUUGCAUCGAGAAUGCCCGCGAGGGUGCCCGGUGUAGGAGGCAACCACUCCCAGGCUUACAGGAAUUUCGUUGCUGGCAACACGUCAGACAGCCAGCAGCGGUCCAGUGCAGUGCGCACGUCGAAGUGUCCGGAAUUCGUCCUGGACGUCGAGAUCGCAGACGCUCCAGUCGGCGACGCCUUCAUAGGCUAGGAGGGGACGCCGGCAACGCAUUCUACUGCACGUUGCACAGGGAGAACGAUCAUGCGGAGGUCGUUCCAGCGUACCGUCAACGGCUGGAUGAGAGGCGGCGACGCGAGGAGGAGCUUGAGCGACUCCAUCCUCGACCAUGUCGACAAAGAUCACCUCGUCUGGUAGCGUGUGAGAUCGCAGCUGCAGCCGCCGCUCAGCUGCAAGCAGCUAGAGAGCAGCGUCGAGACAACCAUCGAGCCAACUAG